AUGACGACCCGGACCUCAUUCCUCCUCGUCCUUGCGCUAGCGCUGGCCGUCCAAGCCGCUCCCUCCGCCGGCGCGCCGGUCGCCGACACGGUGGCGGACUCGUGCAACGCGAUCCGCGACUUCGUGGACUACGCCUUCUGCGCCGCGGCGCUGCGGUCCAGCGGGCCGGGCGCCUCCACGGCGGACCGCCACGCGCACCUCCUCGUCGCGGCGGACCUCGCCGCGGCGCGCGGCACGUCGGCGCGGGACGCCGCCACCGCCAUGGCGCGCGACGAGCGGGACCCGGGCGCGCGCGACGGGUUGGAGGCGUGCGGGAUCCUCUACGGGGCCACCUCCGUCCCGGCGCUGCAGUUCAUGCGCGGCUACGCGGCGGCGCGGGCGUGGGACCGGGCGCGCUCGCUGCUGUCGCUCACGGGGCAGGCCGGGAUCGGCUGCGAGGCGGCGCUCGCCGGCGCGCCGGCGGCCAAGGGGAGGAUGGCCGCGGCCAACCGCGAGUUCGACCAGCUCACCACCAUGGCCACCGCGCUGCUCAACAGGGUCGAUCAUGUGGGAUGA